AUCGGUUUUCUCUUGGGAGUGGUGCCAUCUCGGUGUCUCGUUGGAGAAACGGCCAUGCCGUCUAGGGUGUCACAUGAUUAGGCAGACAUUUGUAUACGAGGCUCAUGUCCCCCUCCGCCCCUCGCGAAGACGUUCUGCCAAGACAUUUUCGAUAAUGUUGCAAGCCAUUCCCACGGAGAUCCAGCUGAUAAUAACCCAGCAGUUGGGCGACCACGACAAAGUAAGCCUGCUUCGCACAUCGCGCCACUUUUACAACUGCGUCCAGCCGCUGAUUUACGAGAAUCUCAGCCCGCGCAGUUCACACGGCCUCGUAGACACCCUGGUACGAAAGCCAACUUUAUGCAAAUAUCCGCGCUGCCUCCAUCUGACAGCAUGGGACACCCCCUACCCAUGGGCCAGAGAUGAUGGCAGGAACAUGGAUCUCCACAUGAUACUCCGGCGAUAUGACAUUUCGCCGGUGCUGGUAAAAGCGCGAGAAGCGAGCCUCUCAGAGAAGGAAGCAAUGAGGUGGGAGAGGGAUCUCAAUAAAGAGAACCCCGAUGCGUGGAUUGCACUGCUUCUCACUCUUCUGCCGAACCUCCGCCGGCUCGAGAUCCAGUUCCCCGAUCGCAGCACCUAUGUCCCCCAGGUCAUCCUGAGAGCCGCGGCGGGGCAGUUCUCGAUGCCUGUACUUCAGCACCUGGAAGAGGUGCUUGUAUCUGCGGCUUUCGCGCCCUAUGGCCUUGUCACAUCCUUGAUGCUGCCCUUCUUUGGGUUACCAGCCCUGCGGUCGGUGUUCACGGAUGCGCUCUUCGACGGCGAGAGCGGAGUCGCAAUCGGCUCUUCGCCGGUCAAACACCUCUCGAUCGGUGACUGUGGGGGUGGUUUGAGGAGUCUCAGUAAUCUGAUCAAGAACUGCCCGAAGCUCGAGUCCUACCGGCAUGGUUUCUUCCCCUUCAAUGUUUGGCCUCCCCCCGGAAUGGACCACCCCAUCUAUCCCGCUCUCCUUCAAGCACGACACACUCUCAAAACACUAUGGCUCGACAUCGAACUUGUAUCAGAGCUAGAAGAGCCGAUAUUUCCGUCAUUUGCCGAGUUCACAAUCCUCCAAUUUCUGCACGCGCCACAUCGGCUCCUCGGUCAGUUUUAUCGUAGUGGUAUUCACGCCCAAGCCCCGGUCCCUGACCUCACGAGGAUUCUCCCACCAUCACUCAAAGAACUCCACAUCACCAAGAUCCACGGCGCUGGUGCCAUCAACGUCGUCGCCCAGUCUUUGAUAAAUUAUAUUCAGUCGAAAGGAGUUCAUAUGACGGACAUUGUGGUUUUCACCACACCGGUACCCGUCGAGUUGGCUAUGCCGCCGUCCGUAUCUGAUAUGGAGUUGUUGCUAAGACUCGCUGAUCUUUGUCGUCGGCUCCGUAUCAGCUUUGCGAAAUGCGAUCCGCGCGAUCCGCGCACUUUGAAGAAAGGGUGGAGGUUCGAGAAGCCGUUUCCUGAUAAGGACAAGCGGAUGCGGUGAUUGUAUAAGCAUAGCGCAGUUCUUCCAGAAUCAAUACAUACUUCCUCUAGCAGUUGAGGGCGAUCGAGCACUUUUGGUGUGAAAAGGAGGUCAACAGCAAUCGAAACGCGAUCAGCAAUAAGCGUCCCUAGUUUUCCGAAAGUCGGACAGUAUGUAUCAGAACGUAUAGAAGUAGCAAAACAGCAAAGAGGGUACUUGCAGGUGUAGCAGGCAAUGGCAUCGAAUCCGCCAACAUGACUGCACAUCCCGCUUACCAUCACACUUAACACGCCAAAUUCCCG